CUAACCAAUUCAUUUUUGGGUACGUAACUAGAAUCAGAAUGUCGGUUAGGCUUUAAUUAAAAUGAUUAAAGAAACUUCAAAUAAUUGGAAAGUUCAACAAAACGUGCAGACCUCCAAACACGUCUUUACAUUAACUAGAAUUAUUAAACUUAAAAAACUGAAUCUUUAUACACCACACAGAGUAUUUCAAAUAAGGAAAUAAAUAAAAAUCCAGGGCAAUAAUUUCUAUAUUUUCCAGCUGUAAACCCUUUAAUUUAGAGAAUGCGUCAAAUUUCCCGGUGAAACAUGCAACCAAACAAACUCAUAUAAUAUACAUAUAAAUAAAAUAAUUAUAUUUCUCUCACUUCACCACCUUAUAUAAACCCAUCUCCUUCAUCAUAAUUUCUCAUCAAAACACAUUUGAUCUUAAUAUCUUCUUCUCUCUCUCUCUACACCACCACCACCAAAAACAAAAAACCAAAAAAAGAAAUUCAGGAAUGGCUUCUUCAAUCAAAUUGACUUUGGCUCUCUUCUUCACCUGCUCUCUCUUCCUCCAAGGAACCCUAGCCGAGGUGGUCUGUGAGAACUUGCCUGAGAACCUGUGCUCAUUCGCGAUUGCAUCCUCCGGCAAGAGGUGCGUGUUAGAGAACUACAAGAACGAAGAUGGCAAACUUGAUUACACGUGUAAGUCAUCCGAGGUGGUGGUGGAGAGAUUGUCUGGUUACAUCGAGUCCGAUCAGUGCAUCGCCGCCUGUGGCCUUGACCGUACUUUCGUCGGAAUAUCCUCCGACGCCUUCCUCACUCAGGAGUUCACCACCAGCCUCUGCUCCCCGGCUUGUUACCAGAACUGCCCCAACAUCGUUGACCUUUACUUCAACCUCGCCGCCGGUGAAGGAGUGUAUUUGCCGGCUCUUUGCCAGAAACAGAAGACCAGCCCCCACCGUGCGAUGUUUGAGCUUUUGAGCGGCGCCGCCUCCGCGCAGGCGUAUGACUCCAUGGCUCCUGUACCUGCACCUGCUCCUGCUUAUUAUUAUUAAUUUAUUUCAUUUUGAGUUUUGAGCUCGUAUAUUAAUUAUAUUACCCUAAUGAAAUGGGGUGCAAUAUUGAUAUUAUUGUUGGCUUCUUUGGUUUGUUUUUUUUGUUUUGAUUAUGUAUGUUUUCGUUUUGUGACAACUCAAUCUUUAUAAUUCAAUUGUAAUAAAUAUUAUUAUGUUUUUUUAUUAUA